UCGUCGAUUAUCAACGUUUGUGCGUUUGUGCUUUCGACGAUAGAACGGUGACAGUUCGUAAUUAUAGUUCGUAUAAAUAAUUUCUAAUUAAACGCUUACUCUGGCUGACAGUUUUUGCCAUGUACAAACGGUUGGCAAUCUUUUUCGCGCUUGACCGGCGGAACGUUUUGUUACGCGGCGUCGAACUCGUGCGACCAACCAAAUAUAUAUAGAAAAACGAUAGCGGACAAAUCCGUGCAUAUGCGUUCUAACAUUCCUUUGUGCGACAAAGACUCCAAAACCGAAGUCACAAUGUCUGACGAGCACAACUACCUGGCUAGCAAGCAAAUAUUUUACGUUAAUUUCUCACUUCGCGGGUGGAAUACGAGGUGCGCCUACAAUCUAACGAGGGACGAUUAUACUCUGAUAAAAGGAGUGGGGGCUUACAAGUUGAAUACUCGCUUGGUGUGGUGGAACAACGCGCGCGAAAUCUGCAGAGACGAAGGAGGUCACUUGGCCAUGAUAAACUCGUUGGCUGAAGAGUCAGCUCUGCUAAAUAUGAUGCGAUCGGAGGACGUGGACGCGGUCUGGCUAGGCGUUCACGAUCUGUUCGGGGAAGGCGUCUGGGUAACUUUGGAUGGCGAAUCGCUGGACACAGUCGGCUACAACAAAUGGACGACGCAUUGGCCGGACCAGCCUGACAAUUACGGCGGGUAUCAGAACUGUGGGGUUCUCGUAAAAUACGGCGGCAUGGACGACACCGUGUGCACUCAACGAACCCCUUUCAUCUGCGAGAUCGAAAUAUGCAACCUAUAAACGUCAGGAGGGGCGAUCGUUUUAACAGAAACGUCGUUAAAAGGAUCCGUGAACGUCCAGUGGUUGUCAUAAACGGACGAAACCUCGCUCGUAAUCACCGAACGUAAUCGCUGACCAGUGACGCGAGUAUUUAAACGGCCC